UCUUGCUGUGACCAGCUCAGACUGUUCUCCCUGCUUGCUUCACAGAGCCAGAAAAUUUCUCAAGAGCCCUGCAAGUGGGCAGCCCUGAGCUCAGAACUCAGCUCUGAGCCCAUCCCCUGUGUGCUGCAGCCCAAGGGUUGAUCCCAGAAGUCCAGGUCCCAGAACAUGGAAGAAUCUGAGGAACACAGAACACUAGGCAACACAGCACCUCUUGGGAGCUCUUCUGAGAUUGUACCAGCUAUUUCAAAGAAAGCAAGCAGCAAAGCCUUAGUGGCUGAACAUGGGGAGCUGCGGGCCUGCAAUCUGGACCUCCACUCCUGGGAGCAGAAGGACUUCAGUCUGUUUGUGCAAGACAAGAAACCACCAUUCUGGAUGGAAGGCCACGGCUUCUCAUACCUCGGCUCUCCAAGUACACCCAACAUGGCGUCCCCCAGCUGGCCAACCCCCACAGCAGUGCUGGGGUUAUUGGCUCAUGAGUCCUUGGAGAACCCUCUGGACUCAGGCAGAAGAAUUUUGACAGGGCUGUCUGACAUCUCUGAGCAUCGCGUGAGAGAAAACCCUUCCUACCAAGCAUUUCCAAGUUCUCCAGACCAUGAGUCACCAAAUCAGGAGUCACCCAAUCCCCCCACAGCCACAGCAAUGCUGGGGAGCUGGGAACCUCCACUUCACAUUGACCCAGAGCCAAGCCAUCAGAGAGCUUCUGGGACCUGGGGCAUGAUGGCUAAAACUGCAGGAAAGUAUUGCACAGAAACCAGAAGAUCCCGGGACCAGAAGACAGAGAACCCCUGCCCCACACAGUCCUGGAAGAAUGAAGUUUUGCACCAAAAUUUCAUACAGCUGUUACUUUUACAAAAAUGUCACCUCAGAGGCCAGGAGCCUCUGGUCAGGGAAAGCAGGCAUCAUGACACAGUAAAAGAGCAAGGGCAUCUGAUUGAGAUCCAAGACUUAUUUAGCCCAGGCCCAGGGACCCAGGCAGAACCUCACACAGUCAUGCUGUACGGGGCUGCAGGAAUUGGAAAGUCAACACUGGCCAGGCAGGUGAGAGGGGCCUGGGAAGAAGGCCAGCUGUACAGGGACCGCUUCCGGUAUGUCUUCUACUUCAGCUGUGGAGAGCUGGCCAGGUGUAAGGUGAUGAGUCUGGCUGGGCUCAUGGCAAAAGGCUGGAGUGACUCUGCAGCUCCCAUGGAGCAGAUCCUGUCUCGGCCAGAGCAGUUGCUCUUCAUCUUGGAUGGUGUGGAUGAGCCAAAAUGGGUCUUAGAGGAUCCAAAUUCUGAACUCUGUCCACAUUGGAGCCAGCCACUGGCAGUGCCUGCACUGCUGGGCAGUUUGCUAAGGAAAACCAUACUUCCUGGGGCUUCCUUUCUGAUCACAACUCGGACCACAGCUCUGCAGAAGCUCGUUCCUUCUUUGGCACAGCCACGUUGGGUGGAAGUCCUUGGCUUCUCUGAGAGUAGAAAGAAGGAAUACUUUUACAACUAUUUCACAGAUGAAAGGCAAGCAAUUAGAGCCUUCAGCUUGGUGGAAUCCAACCCAGCACUCUCGACCCUGUGUCUUGUGCCCUGGGUGUGCUGGCUGGUCUGCACUUGCCUGAAGCAGCAGAUGGAGCAGGGGAAAGAGCACCCGCUGACCUCUCAGACCGUGACAGCCCUCUGCCUGCACUACCUUUCCCAGGUUCUCUUGACUCAGAACCUGGGGCCACCACUCAGGAGCCUCUGUUCUCUGGCUGCUGAGGGCAUCUGGCAAAGAAAGACCCUGUUCAGUGCAGAUGAUCUCAGGAUGCACAGGUUAGAGGGGGACAUAAUCGUCACCUUCUUAAAGAUGGAUACUCUUCGAGAGCACCCCAGCAAUCUGAGCUACAGUUUCACUCACCGGUGCUUCCAGGAGUUCUUUGCAGCAGUGUCCUGUGUCUUGGGGGAUGAAGAGGAGAGAGGUGAGCAUCCUGGCAACCUCAGAGUCACGGAAAAAUUACUAAAAGUGUAUGGAAGACAUAACUUGUUUGGGGCACCAACCAUGUACUUCCUAUUUGGCCUUUUAAGUGAUCAGGGGGCCAGGGUGUUGGAGAACAUCUUCUCUUGCAAGCUGCCUGCAGAGCGGAAAUGGGAGCUGCUGCAGUGGGUCCAAGAGGAAGCCCUAACACAGCAGCCAUACUCUCAGGACUUGUUCCACUGUUUAUAUGAGAUUCAGGAUAAGGAGCUCCUCACACAGGCAAUGGCCCAUUUCCAAGGAACGGGGCUGUAUGUCCAGACUGACAUGGAGCUCCUGGUGUCCACUUUCUGUGUUAAAUUCUGUAGCAAUGUGAAGAGGCUUCAACUAAACGAGAGUGAGCUGCAGGAACUAGGAUGGAGGCCCCCCAGGGUAGUUCUGUCUACGUGGGAACCACUAACAAAUUAUAGUUGGAAGGUUCUCUUCUCCAUCCUCAAGGACACUGGCAGCCUGAAGGAGCUGGACCUAAGUGGAAAUCCACUGAGUCUGUCUGCCAUGCAGAGUCUUUGUGAGUCCCUGAGACACCCUCUCUGCUACCUGAAGUCCUUGUGGCUGGUUGGCUGUGGCCUCACAUCCAACUGCUGCCAGGACCUGGCCUCUGUGCUCAGUGCCAGCUGCAGCCUGACAGAGUUGGACCUGCAGCAGAAUGAUCUGGGAAUCUGUGGUGUGCGGUUGCUCUGUCAGGGGCUCAGGCAUCCCACCUGCCAAGUCACACUCCUGUGGCUGGACCAUACUCUGAGUGAGGAGGUGACGGAGGAGCUAAAAGCCUUGAAAGAAGAGAAACCCCAGCUGCUUGUUUGCAGCAUAUGGAAGCCACGUGUGAUGAUCCCUACUGAGGGCAGGGAUGGAGGAAAGCUGGGUAAUAGCACAUCCUCAUUCAAGCGUCAGAGACCACAGUCAGAGGAAGGCUCCCCACAAUUACUCCAGAUGGAACCCUUCCUUUUGCCCUCUCCCUCACCUCUGGGACACCAGCACAUGGAGCCUCUGGGGACGGAAGAUGACUUCCUUGGACCAACAGGGCCCGUGCUUACUGAGAUUAUUGACAGAGAGAGAAACUUGUGCCGAGUUCACUUCCCUAUGGCUGGCUCCUACCACUGGCCUAGCACAGGUCUUGGCCUCUCAGUGAGAAAGGCGGUGACCAUCGAGAUUGAAUUCUGUGCCUGGGACCAGUUCCUAGGCAUCAAUGACCUGCAGCACACCUGGAUGGUGGCAGGACCUCUCUUUGACAUCAAGGCUGAGCAUGGAGCUGUGGCUGAUGUGCACCUCCCUCACUUUGUGUCCCUCCAAGAGGGGACCGUGGACAUCUCCCUGUUCCAAGUGGCCCACUUUAAAGAGGAGGGGAUGCUCCUGGAGAAGCCAGCCAGAGUGGAGCCGCAUUACACCGUCCUGGAAAACCCCAACUUCUCCCCCAUGGGAGUUCUCCUGAGAAUGAUCCCUGCUGCCCGGCGCUUCAUCCCCAUCAUGUCUACCACGCUGCUCUACCAUCACCUCCAUGCUGAGGAAGUCACCUUCCACCUCUACCUGAUCCCCAGUGACUGCACCAUUCGGAAGGCCAUAGAUGAUGAAGAAAAGAAGUUCAAGUUUGUGCAGAUACAUAAGCCACCCCCAAUGGACACCCUUUACAUAGGCACCCGCUACACUGUGUCUGGUUCAAGGAAGCUGGAAAUCAUUCCAAAGGAACUGGAGCUCUGCUAUCGGAGCCCCUGCGAACCCCAGCUCUUCUCUGAGAUCUACGUUGCCAACUUUGGGUCAGGGAUCCAGCUGCAAAUAAGAAGCAAGAAAGAUGAAACAUUAAUAUGGGAGGCCUUGUUGAAACCAGGAGACCUCAGACCUGCAGCUACUCUGGUCCAUCCAGUUUCCCUAGCUUCACCUUCACCUCCGAAUGCCCUGGCCUUACUCCACUUCAUUGACCAGCACCGGGAGCAGCUGGUAGCCCAAGUGACCUCAGUGGACCCUGUGUUGGACAAGCUGCAUGGACAGGUGCUGAGUGAAGAGCAGUACGAGAGCGUGCGGGCCGAGCCCACCAAGCCAGGCCAGAUGCGGAAGCUGUUUGGCUUUAGCCGAUCCUGGAACCGGGCCUGUAAAGACAAAGUCUACCAAGCCCUAAAGGAGAUCCAUCCUCAUUUGGUCAUGGAACUCUGGGAAAAGUGGGGCGGAGGCAUGGGGGGACUAUGACAGCUCAGUAGCUGGGGUCUAAACAUCCACCUUUGAGUCCCGAUCUGUCUGCUCUCUUUUGGGUCUCCAUUUCUUUAUCUAUGGACAAGUUGCCAUCUGAGUUACCUGUAGCCUUAAAGUUAAGGAAGAAGUCUCUUCUGGGCAUUGUUUGUUCGUGUCCAGGGACACCUCAUAGGCACCCUACUGCCUCCCUUGGCUUUCAUGGGACGGCUGUUUGGGAGGGAUAACAGAAUCUCAGGGAAUGUCUAGCUGGUGCUAGGAGAGAAAUAUCAGACCACUUCUCUUUCAGUAACUCCUUUUACUGUUGUACAGUGAUCUGCACACUUUGCAGAGCCUCAUCUGCUGCUUGUAGCACCAAGCCAAAAUCCUCCCUGUCCCAUGUAGAUGCAGACAGGAAUAGUAGGGGACAUGAGAUUAUUUAUCUCUACCUGGAGACACAAAGUAGAAAAGACACAUGCCCUUGGAAAUUGUGCUUCAUUUAUGAAUAAGAAGGAAUGAGAUUUAUUUAUCAUUUAUUCUGUCCAACUAUCCCAUGGCUGCAGUUGACCUAAAAGUGGUGGCAGGGGAAUUCUUACCAGGGAUUAUCCAGACCAUUCCAACAUUGGGCUGGCUGGGACUGCAAACAACAAAGCACUAAAUAGCAUAAUCCAUCUAAAAUACUAGGUAAGGGAACUUACUUAUCAAGGGAAUCAUUAUUUUCCAGAUGGACAGUGAGAAAGAAAGAAGAUAUUCUAUCCAAGUGUGUCCAUACAAGGGCGUUGGGUCAUGUAAUUUAUCAGAUGGUUAUGGUAUUUGACUUUGGGCCAGAGUUAGUUUCUACAUGCUCAGCAAUAUAUUGGGUUUUUUAGUAUCUUGACCUAAACAAUGUUAUCACUGCCGAAGAAAGGACAAGGCCAUGGCUUAGAUUCCAUAGUUCAGGGAUUCACGCAGAUGGCCAGGUCACAGAGCAGUUGAGGCUGUCUCUUUCUCGGGACAAAGGAGAGGCAGAAACUAUGGGUUUCUCCAUUGUCCGCGUGGGAAUUAGAUUUCCUACUGGUUCAGAUGUGUGCUUUGUUGUUUCUAGGGUCUAGAUCAAUUCCUGGGGCCAGGAGAGGGAUGGAGAAAGAGGUUGGAGGGAGAAUGGCAUCUAGGUCUUAGCUGAAUUGUCUCUUCCUGUGGCAAGUGAGUCUGUGCCCUCCAUCAGGCUUAGGCAUCACUGCUCUGUGCUCCUCCAAAACCUUGCAACCUUCUUGCCUCAUCAGAGCUCUCAACGUAUGGCAUCAGUCCUGUUGCUUCAUUGCUUGCCCCCAACUAAACAGCAAGCUUCCUAAGAAUGCAAACUAUGUCUGACCUGCCCAUCAAUUCUUUCCCAACUCCUAGUACAGUGUCUGAUACACCUUGGGUGUUGAGUGAAGAUUUAUUAGCAGGAAAAUGACAAAGGAACUUUCUCUGGACACUUCCUUUAAUUCUCUCUCUGGCCAUCAUAUUAUCAGUGAUACCAGAGUCAGGGGUACUAAAAAUUCCCAAAUUAGUAGGCCACACCCUUGACCCCAGUGAAUCAAAAUCUUAGAAAUGAACUCACUGCUAUUGAACAUUCAUGCAAAUGUUGUCUUCCUCUCAUGGGAGCCGUUCUGUUAUCCACUCCCAGAAUCAUGCCAAACCAAUGAGUGGGCUAAUUUAAAAAUCGCAUAUUAUUGAUCCCAGAAUCAUACAUUUAAUCCCAGCAUCACACAUUUAACCUAAGCAUUACACACUCUAGAUCUA